AUCUAAACCCCCUCCGUACAUUAAACUUGGAAGGAAAAAAAAACUGCAACUACCUGUUUGUCUCUUAUAAAGCUGUUAUGAAGCGACUCAUGAGAGUGCUUUUGAAGAAUGGUACCCCCGGUGCAGAACAACUUCCGCUUGUCGCUCUUCUUCUACGCCACCUUCUAGAGAUUUCGCCAUAAAACGCAGAACACCGGCGGUGCCUGACAACACGGUUUGUGAUUGAACUCGAUCUUUCAUUUUGGGCGGCCUGUCUAAGCCACAGAAAUGGUGUGCAUUCCCUGCAUUGUGAUUCCUGUCCUGUUGUGGGUCUACAAGAGGUUCCUGGAGCCUUAUCUCUACCCCUUCAUUUCACCAAUUAUUAAUAUAUUCUGGACCAAAAAGGCAGUGCAGGAGACCAGCAAUAAUGAUCAAAAAGUCAGUGGAAAGAGUAAUGGGACUUACAAGCCUGAAAGCAAUGGUGAGGCCACUGCUAAUGGAUCUACCAUAGCAGCAGAUAAGAAGACAGACUGACACCUCUAAAUACAUUUUAUGCUUCAAAAACAAUGUAAAUAUUUCAUAUAGAGAAACUAUAAAUUAACUUAUAAAUAAUCUUACAAUGGAAUGGAUUUUAUAACCUUCCAAUUGUAGUUGGAAGCUCUUAAUCUUUUCUUCUAUAUUGCUGAUAUAUUUUCUGUUAAUUAAU